ACCACCACCACCACCACCAGCAGUCGUGGCCAGCCUGCUCUACUGCCUGCUUAUUCGACUUUUUCCCCCUCGUCUCUCUUUUCCCUCCCUUUCGCCCCCCAGGCUGCGAUCCCUCCUUGCAUUCGUUUGUGCAGUCGGUAUUUGGUUCCCACCAUUCGCUCGCUCGCUCGCUGCCCGACGCAGGCACACGACUCUCGUUUCUACCCUUCUAUUUUUUCUUUCUUUUUAUGCUGCCUCGCUGUCCAUCAUCGUCUUUCCUUGCCCGUUUAGUUUGGACUCUGCCCGACACGAAACGCGGAACCGCCCGAGACACGACCGUUUUGACUGCCGAGCCGCAUCGUUGAGAGAGCAGAGACAGAUCGAGAGACACACAGACGGAAGAGACUCAAAGGACGGACGGACAGACAACCCGGUCAAGUCAGACAGACAGACGAAUCGGCCCCGUCAUGGCACCCGAGACGUCGACCCAGACCGACACCCGGGCCGAGGCCGUGUCGCCCGUCACGAGCACGGCGACAUCUACGCCGCCGCUGUCGCUGCCGCUACCGCACCAACAGCAACAGCAACAGCCCGCGCACGACCACUUUGCCCCCGCGAUGCCGCCCAAGGCGGCCGCCCAGCAGCAGCCGUACGUCAUGUACCCGUCGUCGUACGGAGAGCACUACGUGCCCUACGAGCAGAGCCGGCAGGCCGACAUGCUGCAUCAGGGCGCCGCCGCCGCCCAGGUCGUGGCCCCGCGCAUCAUCGUCCCCGAGACCAAGUCGUGGCGCAUCACAAAGGACGUCAUGCACGUCCUCGCCAUGGUUAUUAGCAUUGCGGGCAUCGGCAUCGGCAUCUCCAUCGCCCGCGACAGCUACUCCGGCCUGCUGGGCACCCUCGUCAGCGUCCCCAUUUUUGGCGUCGCCCUCAUCUGGAGCCUCGCCGAGAUGAUCACCCGCGCCACCACGCACUGGGGCCCCGGCAUCCAUCCCGGCGCGCACGUGGGCGUGUGCCUGAUCCUGUGGAUCGCCGCCGUCAUCGCGGGCGGCUGCUGCGCGACCGUCGUGGGCAUCGCCGACGCCGACUGCGACUCGUCGUACCGCAGCUCGUACCGCUACUACGACGAGAGCUGCUACUACGGCAGGACGCGCGGGCGGUUCCUCGGCCUCGCCAUCCUGCUCCUGGUGCUCUUCGUGGCCGAGUUCGUCCUCUUCGUCGGCGGCUGCAUCGACACGCACAAGCGCAACAAGGCCCGCGCCGGCGCGCCCGUCAUGAUUGUCGCCCAGCCCGGCAUGUACCCGCAGGCCAUGAUGCAGCAGCAGCAGCAGCAGCAGCAGCAGCAGCAUCCACCCCAACAGCCCAUGUCCCAGCAGUACUUUGCGCCUCCGCAGGCGUACCACCCGCAGCAGCAGUAUGUCGCCGUGCCGCCCCCCGCGGAGGCGCCGGCGGACCAUGCCCGUACCGCGCCCCAGGACUCCGAGCACGCCCGGGGCAAGCAGCCUCAGGGAGCGCAGCCGGGCAUUACCGAGUUUUACUCGCCAUCGGGGCCCGGCCAGGCGGUGUGAGGGAGGAGGCUUUAUGUGAUUUUUUUUAUUUAUUUUUUUGCAUGUUGCUUCAUGACGAGCAUCUGGACAUUUUGAAGACAUUUGCCGUAGCAGGAACAGCAGCAGCAGCAGCAGCCACGACGGCAUGGAUGAGGCAAUCGCAUGCGUCGCUGAUAGAUCACGCACGCAGAUAUAAUGUAUACCCAGCAGAUGAGCUACCCGCGCUUCUAAACCUAUUUACUCGCAUAUAAUAGUCAAUUCAACGGCCAUCGACGACGAGAUGCAGCCACGGCGGCAGUUGGUGAUGGACAAUCUCAACGCAGUACUUACAGCUGGUGCUGCCCUCUCUAUAUAAGGUAGUGU